UCGAUAUAGCAUUGUUUUAUUUUUAAUAUACAAACGCCCGUUUACUAUAUUCAUAAUGGCAUCGGACACAACUAUCGGCCUUCCCUCAGAUGACGUCAAGUGGACAGUGAAUGAUCCAACCUCUUGGCCAAAUGUGACCUAUGAGGAUUUGGUUGACUACCUUGUGAUGGCCAAAGCGUAUGAUGGAAAAGCGAUGAAAUCAUUUCGAUCACUGUAUGCAUACAACUAUGUUCAAAAUGGCUGGUUAGGGGACAUAAUGUGGAGCUCACACAACAACAUCCAGUUUCUAAAAGCUAAAGUGUCUCCAUCUCAACCAGGAGUUGGCCGUGCUGAUUACAUGGCUUGGGUGGCAAUAGCAGAUGAUUCUACAAUCCUCACAGGCUAUUGUACAUGUCCAGCAGGCACAGGCAGGAGCUGCAGCCACAUCUCGGCCAUUAUUUAUGCUGUGGCAUUAGCAUGGAACCAUGGACUCGCAGGAAAAACCUGUACAGACAAGGAUAGGCUGUGGGGUAGAGGUGCAGGGACAGCUGUGCUGCAUGAGGAGUUUGAGAACAUUAACUUCGAAAGACCAAAGCCAGACGAUGCACCAAUACUUAAAAAAACACAAAAAAAGGCGACAGGAACCCAACUGCCAAAAAUAAGAUCAUUCCUUGAUCACUCUGAUCUUCAAGAUCAUGCCAGUGAGUCGUGCACCAACAAGCUGUGGACAUGUAAAGGUACACUGCUCCAAAAAAUCUUGAGUGCGAAGGAAAAACCAGUGAAUGAGAUGAAGUCAGUGGAACACAGUGACCACACCAUAGACCCAUCAAGGCCAGUUAACGAAGUUACUUGUCAGCCGUGUGAUGCAUUUUAUAAGAAAUACAUAAAUCUUUCUGCUGAGGCAAAGACCAACAUCAGCCAAGCUACCUCCUUGCAAUGCUCGACGCUAUGGAGUGAUGCUCGAAAGCUGAGGAUUUCAUCGAGUAAGGUCCAUGCUCUUCCUAAAACAAGCCGUGCAGACCCAAACAAGUUCGUGACAAACCAGAUCUACCCACGGUUUAAAGGGAACAGUGCCACUCAGCAUGGGCAAAAGUAUGAAGCUGAAGCCAGAGCUUGGUUUGAGCAGAACACUGGCCUAAAAGUGGUUCAAACUGGCGUUGUCAUCGACCAGACAGAACCAUAUCUUGGCUUUGGCGUCUUGGUCACUUCAUAGCCCAUGUUGACGGUAGGCAGAGGGUUUUUCUUCGUUGGCAGCCCAUCUACAAAAUGCAGGGAACAAACCUGAAAAUAGAAAAUACAUUAAUCUGUCAGUAUCUGAACUGAUGCAUGUAAUAAAAAAUAAAUGUAAUUCCCACCCCUGAACCCAACUUUGGGGGGGGGGGGGGGGGCAUGGGCUCAAAAGGUAAAAUAUUAAAUUUUGUUACUUUGGUAAA